AUGGCAUUGAUUCUGUGCCACAGGGGCCGCUACUGUAAAGUGAACGACUCUGUUCGUGUGCGCGUGCACGAGGGGGCUUCUCAGGCAUGCAUCCUCGAUUUAGAUUUGGCGAUUGUGAAGAUCGUUCCGGCCUGCGUAAGGCGCGGAAAGAAGAUUCCCGUGGUAAUUGCUGAUGCCCGGCAGAGCCCGAGUGCGGGGCAAGAACCCGAGCCGCCC